AUCUCAAAGCGCCUUUCAAGAAACUUCUGCAUAGCAAGUAUUGCGCAAAGAUUAAAGAGCUUUGCGUAUGUAUAAAUCUUAUUUGUACAAAAAAACAACAACAAAAAAAACAACGCGCAACAAAAUUCUUAAAAUGGCGACACAUAACCAUGUUGAUGAGCGAAUAAAAAUGUCCAGUUCACCUUAUCACGAAACUAGUAGAGGAAAUGAUUUUGACGGCUUAGUGUCUCCUUCAAGUUCCGAUGACGGCAGUAACCAAGAAAAAAGCAUAGCAACAAUAAGCAAAUUUGAUUUGAGUCAACGACGAGAAUGGACUGACGAAGAAUGCGUAAAGCUAAUGAGUUUAUGGAGAGAAAGUGAAAUUUUGUACAAUAACGAGCAUCCAAAUUACUAUUCGCAGAAUGAAAGAAAGAUUGCUAUGGAGCAGAUCGCCAAUGAACUUAAUAUUAGUGUUAAAGACAUUACCGAUAAAAUGCACAGUCUUCGAACUUAUUACGGCUCACAGAGACAAAGAAUUGAGGCUAAAGAGCUAGCCAAUCCAAACACGCCAUACGUUUCUCGAUGGAAAUAUUAUAAUAACAUGUCAUUUUUACGAGAUUCUCUUGUAAAUCGAGCAAAUAAAAGUAACCUCCGCAAAAGUCGUAGAAAUGUUCAAAUGUCAUACGUAAACCCUCACGAUGAGCACGAAAAAAACUCCGAAAAUCAGUUAAAUGAUAACAUCGGAGAUCCCACAAUCUAUGUGACCAAAAUUCAACCGUUAGAAUUCAAAACAGAUGAAUCGAGAAAGCGUCGCUUUGACAUGGCUAAAAACGAUGACGACGAUGAAGAAAGCAUAUACCAAGAAAAGCAUAUACCUAGCAUUGACCAAAUAAGUAAAAGCGACCAACUGUUCGGAGAAAUGAUCGUGAAUUCUUUACAACAUUUUCACGACGAACAACAAAAAGAACUUUUAAAAUUAGAAAUUCAAACUUUAAUCUAUAACACGCGGUUUAGUAAACAUUAAAAUAAUUUUUAAAACACAAAAUUUAAUAAAACAAAUUUAAAAAAGGCUUUUUGACAGUUGGAUUGGCCAUAGUGAGGUCACAUCGUCCGGGGGCCCGGAUUAGUACAAGAAAAAAUUUGAAUUUUAAAGUGUUA